UGGGGGGCACGGGACAGGCCCGGCGCGGUGUCCCCACCAUGGAGAUCGAGAAGGAAUUCCACCGCCUCGACCAGGCCGCCAGCUGGGCCUCCAUCUAUCAGGACAUCAGGCAUGAGGCCAGUGAUUUUCCAUGUAAAGUGGCCAAACAUCCCAGAAACAAAAAUAGAAAUAGGUACAGAGAUGUCAGCCCCUUUGAUCACAGUCGAAUUAAGCUAAACCAAGGUGACAAUGACUAUAUCAAUGCUAGUUUGAUAAAAAUGGAAGAGGCCCAAAGGAGCUACAUCCUUACCCAGGGACCUUUGCCAAAUACUUGUGGUCACUUCUGGGAGAUGGUUUGGGAACAGAAAAGCCGUGGUGUUGUCAUGUUGAACAGAGUGAUGGAAAAGGGAUCCAUCAAGUGUGCACAGUACUGGCCACGGAAGGAAGAGAAAGAAAUGUUUUUUGAAGAUACAAACUUGAAACUAACAUUGAUAUCUGAAGAUAUAAAAUCAUAUUACACAGUACGACAGUUAGAAUUGGAAAACCUUACAGCACAGGAAACCAGAGAGAUUCUGCACUUUCAUUAUACUACAUGGCCUGACUUCGGUGUCCCAGAGUCACCUGCUUCAUUCCUGAAUUUCCUGUUCAAAGUGAGAGAGUCUCGCUCACUUAACCCUGAGCAUGGCCCAGUUGUGGUGCACUGUAGUGCAGGAAUCGGGAGAUCAGGAACUUUUUGUUUGGUGGAUACAUGUCUUCUACUGAUGGACAAACGGAAAGAUCCUUCUUCUGUGGACGUUAAACAGGUUCUCCUGGAAAUGAGGAAGUACAGAAUGGGACUCAUACAGACAGCAGAUCAGCUCCGUUUCUCCUACUUAGCUGUUAUUGAAGGGGCAAAAUUCAUUAUGGGAGAUGCUUCAGUGCAAGAACAGUGGAAGGAGCUCUCCAACGAAGACCUGGACCCUCCACCUGAACAUACCCCACCACCUCCCAGGCCACCAAAGCGAACUUCAGAAAUGCACAAUGGAAGGAUGCAUGAACACACAGAGUUCUUUCCUAAACAUCAAGCAGUAGAAGAAGAGGUUACACGUUCAGUCAGCACAGUGGAAGAGAUGGUUCCAGAUGGCAGAGCUCGUUCAGCUGUACCACUGAUCACAGACAGCACUAGUCAAGACACUGAAAUUCGGAGGAGAACUGUUGGUGAAAGUCUGCGUGUCCCUCCCCACAAAGAAGAGUCAAUCAAGUCAGAAAACUCAGAAGAGGAUGAUGAAAACAUGAUGACAACUUGGAAGCCAUUUCUAGUGAAUAUAUGCAUGUUCACUUUCCUCACAGCAGGAGCUUAUCUCUGUUACAGGGUGUGUUUUCAUUGAUGGACAUGCCAGCAAGAUCAACCCUGCAGAAAACGCCAAUGAUUUGAGCAGUUUGUAAGAGGCUUCUCUGAAAGAAGCUACUUGAGGCAUGUGAGCCUUGUCUCAGUGGAGUUAGAUCUUAGGUUGACAGGCCAGAACUUUGGUUAGGGCUUAAAGAGAGAAUUGAUGCACUAGGGUUUGUCUAGCCCUGUGGUCCCAAGAACAUAAUAUUCUAAUCUCAGGGCCUUAAAAUAUUCAGGAGUAAGCAGAGAAAAUGCCAAAUAGUCUGUUUUCCUUUUUUUUAAUUUUUUUUAAAACUAAAUAAUAGAAUUACAACACAUUGUUGUUUUUAGCCUUUUUUAAAAAGCCAGGUUUUUUUUUUUUUUAUGUUUCAGAAAAACUAGGCACAAGUGAAACUUGCUUGUACUCUCCAAGUGUUCAGCCAAAUACAUUACUUUUAUUGAUGAGUUCCCAAACAAAAAAGAAACACACAUACCUGAAGAAUGUAAACUUUUUGGAAGGGGAGGGUGUUGGGGGGAGAGAAGUGUUUGUGGGUUUUUUGUUUUGGGUUUGUUUUUUUUUUUAAUUUGCUUCAUCAUUAAAGACUGAGUUGUGGGCAGUGCCUGUGGUAUUGGUAUAUUUAAUCUUGGCAUAACUGUUUCUUAAAGAGCUUAUUGUUUUACAUGUGUUUUUAGAAACAGGCUUCUGCAUUUGCUCAGGGUAUCCCAACAGCUCUUUUCUUUUUUUUUUUUUUUUUUUUUUUUUUAAAUAAGUGUAUCUCCUCAUUGACUUUUGUUGCACUCUACUUGCACAUAUGCCUAUUUACAUUGCACCAUCCUUUGUAAAGCUGUUUUUACUUUUGUAUUCUGAGUUAGGAGAGGUUGAGGGAAGGGAGAGAAACAGAGUGAGAAAUGUCAACGCAUGAAAAUACGUCCACCAGCAUUUUGCAGCUGUGCAGUUGGCAUUCAGAAGGACCAGUUUUUUAACCUCAUCAUUUGGAAUGUAAAAUGCAGUUUCACUCUACAUGUGCUCCGUAAGAAAUAACGUGUCCUGCAAGGGCCGGGGAGGUACUGUAUUCAGAGGCAUUGCAAGCAGUGAACAGGAAAGCAUUUCAAUAAAUCCAGAGCAAUUAAUGCUGUGGCAGCUUCCUUAAGAGAUGAAAAAGUUCAACAGAAGACAUGUUGAUCUCUGAACGUAUCAGUUGGCUUAUGAUGCAAGCGUUUGUGUUCUGCUUUUUUUAAAGCAAAGAUUUAAAAUAAUGGCUCGAAGAUGCACUCUUCAGUAACUUCUGGAGGUGGUGGGGGUGUGAGAGGGUCAGUCUUGCACCUCUGCAGAGAUGGUUGUUGCUAUCCUUGGGCAAGCUAGGAGAGAGGGGUGGCUUUGUCCUAUGCCACACUGUGUCAAUGUUGUUCCGCUCCGUUGGUGGCCUGUGCCGUGGGCCCAGGACGUGAAUAAGGUGAAGUGCUUGUAAAUAAGGAUUUGGGUGCAUUGGUAGAACUGUGACUGGAAGUUGGCAUUGCACUAAAGUGUCUUAGUCAAUGCUGUUCCUCUUGUUAUUAACCAAAUUAUUAAUAGUUUAAACAAUAGCAAGGGUUUUUUUGCUCACAUCAUAGGGCAGAGGGUAGGAGUAAACUCAUUAUUGAAAGUGAUAAUGACUGAAACUAAACUAUGACAGCUGAUUUGCAACAGUGUUACUAAUAAGUUCUUUUUAUUUGUAAAGGCUUUCUAGAUUUAUAGCACUUACCAACCAUUCUCAGUGCAAACAUAGUUAUGGAGUAUCUUAUGUAAAAAUCUCCACUCCAUAUUUAUUUUUGCAAAGCUGUCUGUACGUAUAGCUCUUUUUCUUUCAGUGAGUAAGUUAGUGAAUGGGGUGGGGGGUGGGAUUUAUUUUUAUUUUGUUUUUUGUUAAGCUUGCAUCAAGGGCUUUUCAAAAGUACAAUAAUAAAUCCUCAGGUAGUACUGGGUAUCAAUAAUUUACCUGUUAGACUGUUGGUCAGACCAGUACUUGAAAGGAGGAAUGUUGUAAUCAGUCAAUAUUUAGUAAUAUUAUUGGAAACAUGAAAAAUGAGUAUAGAAAAAUGGUAAUAUAUAAUGGCUCAUCUGUGUAUUUAAGAGAACAGUAUGUGAUUGCUUUGUCCCCCCUAUUCUCUCUGUCAUCUGGUAGAGUUGUUGUAAUGCAACAUUUGUAUCCCAUUUGUAUUAAAAUGCAUGUAAAGUCUUCUGGUGUCCUGAUUAAAUACCAUGUGCUUGAAAGGUGAAAGAAUUUAUAUUUCUGCUUACUGAUGUGCCCAGAUUAUAUUUGCAUGACCUGAUCAUUAAGUGGCUGUGGUUCACAGGGUGCUGCUGGAAGUAUCUUCGUUCAGCCAUAGAGCGAUGUGGUGUUGAUCAGAUAAUGUACUCACCUCAUACUUGGCAUGACUCCUAUUGAAUUCUUGCGUGCUCCGUGUAACCCGGGUGUGUAGCAUGGUUCACUUCGGCUGAAUGAAUAUAGUACAGACAUUCCAGAGAGUUCAGUAAGCCCUAUGCACACCUCACCUGGGGCCACUUGAGACAAGAAAGAGCUCAGGGAUUCCAGGGGUAUGACUUGCUGUGCUGCCUGCUCCAAAGCUGCACUGCAGGAGGGGUAAGCUGCUCCUGCAAGAUGUGGGUAGCAUGCUUUGAGCUGCUGAAAGACAGGCUCCAAAAGGGGAGGCCCAUUUAAAAAAAAACAAAGCAACUAUGCCUGUUGCCCUCUUCUUUUCCCAAGAGGGAAUAUUUGAAAUGUUGGGCUUGCCAAGAAAGCAAAGCAUCCUUCCUUUGAAUCCGUAGCAGAUCACUUGCAAGUCAUUUAAACAAGAGAAAGGUGCUGCAGAUGAUUAAAAAGGUUUGAACAUCCCCUGUUCUGCACUUGUAUUUUCCCAUUUCUUUCACCUGUUCCAACUACAGAACUUGGGCUAUCCCGGGACAGAUGGUGAAGAGCCCACAAGCCCAGUGAGGUGUGUAUAAGGCUCAGAAUACUGAACUGUAAACAUUUUUGUUUUGAUGUCCUGUAUGUGUAUGUAGUAGUUUGGGUGUGUAUAUACAGUAGCGUUUCAAAGUGGGUGCAUUGGUUAACCUGUUCUUGGAAAAUGGACAAAUAUCCAUGUUAAACUUGUUAGAAAGUUAGUGAGCUGCUCUGCUAUAUGCCUUAAGCAAAUAUUUACUCAUCAGGUCUUUCUUUUUUACAGAUUGCCAUAGAAUAAACUUUUUCUAAAAAAAGAAAAACAACAAAACAAAAAAAAAAGCCCUAAAUGUUUUGGUAUAAUACAUUUUCAGGUAUCUUGUCUUUUGUGUAAGCCGCUGCAAAGACCUCACAGGUUAUAGUAAAAUUGUACAGUUUUUCAAUUUCCCAUACGCGUUUUCAGUUCUCAUUUUAGUUGUAACAAUAAAAUUCUUUUUUUAAAGAAC